AGUAACCGUAUUCGGAAUUUCAUACGCGUCAAUCUCAACCACUUUCGCACGUUCUACAUAGCGUUCAGCAAAGCCAAAACUAUUUGUAUAAGUAGGUCUGUCGUUGGCUGUCACCACUGCUGAUUGGGCUAUUAUGUAGGUCCACAAAGUUGCUCACGAACUUGAACGUCUGUUACUUGACCACCCUGGGGCAGUAACUGCACCAAUAGUGGUCUGUACUUGACCGAGCGACAUAAAGUCGACCACACUUGCGAUGCAACUCUAACCGCCGAGGCACCUACUCAGCCUGGCAGCAUAUUGAAAAAGGUGUAUUUAUCUCUGUUGUUUUCCACUGGCGAUAAACCGUCUGCCCUGGCACAGUCACCGAGCCUGAACACAGAUCAUCACGGGUUUCCCGGGCCCGUAGCUAUGAUCUAGAGCACCUCGCCCUCUAUGAUGCACGGAAGAAUGGAUUCGAUAGGAGGGAGCUGAACGCAGAGAGUAUGUUUAUGGUACGUCCUUCGUCAUUAGCACAAUUGAUCGUCAUACUCAUCGCGCCUCUACUGUCUGUGUUUUCCUCAUCCAACUUACUUAGGCGCUACCUAUGUCAUGACCGCGCCACAUGUAUGCUUCACGAUACUGAUAUAUACGUCCACUUCAUUUCUUGUCAUUUUGGUUUACUAUUCAUUAUCUCCUCCCCCAUCUCUUCUUGUCGAUCCACCGAAAUUGUGUUCAACUACGAGACCAUAAUUCGAUCCUGUGAUUGCCUCUGAUUUAUCUGUUCUAAGUUCACCGUGCCUCCCCAAACCUUCAUGUUCAUGACUUGAUUCCCCCACGUGGCGGGUAUUGACAGCGUUAGUCGCGUCCGUCGUCAUGCCGGUCCGUCUUAGCGUCGAAGAAUACUGAACCUAUGCUGAAGUUCGCGGUCUAGUCGCCCCUAGAAGUAAGAAUAAACGGUGAUCACUUGACGAGCCCGGGUCUACAUUGUACAAAACAGAACACGAUAUAAUGAAAUCCAAAAGAAGGGUAUUGAAACCCGAUACAGCCUGCAGCACUUAGCAGUUGCAGCUGAAGUGGUCGGUAUAGUACAUAACAGUAUGGGAAGGAGCAUUGAAAAUUUGAAAGCAGGAAACAGUACUCAGCAGUUGAAGCUGGCGUGCUCGGUAUCGUACACAACAUGAGCACAUAGCAUGGGAGAAGCAUCAAAAGCAGGACACUUGGCCCGAGCGCCGUCUACUUCUUUGUGAGCAGUUCCUUCG